ACUAAUUGGGCCAAAUUUAAUUUCUGUUAGAUCCAAAAUAUAGUAAAAAACAUUUUUCCGGGUUCCUUAAAAGCGACAAGUUAUUAAUUCCAAGCCCAAGACCAAGCCCAAGCCCAAAUAAAGCUACUUGCGUUUACAAAAACCUAAAACCCUAAAUAUAUAUCUAAUCUUCCCGCUUUCAUUUUAGGGUUUCGUAUCAGGAGAAGCAGAGAGACGCCGUCCGACUACAGCAGCCGAAGAAAUGGCGAGGAUCAAGGUGCACGAGCUGAGGCAGAUAUCGAAAUCCGACCUGUUGAACCAGUUGAAGGAUCUCAAGACGGAGCUCGCUCUCCUCCGCGUCGCCAAGGUCACCGGCGGUGCCACCAACAAGCUCUCCAAGAUUAAGGUGGUGAGGUUGAAUAUUGCCCAGGUGUUGACAGUGAUUUCACAGAAGCAGAAGACGGCACUGAGGGAAGCAUACAAGAACAAGAAGUACUUACCCCUUGAUCUGCGCCCCAAGAAGACCAGAGCCAUCAGGAGAAGGCUUACCAAGCACCAGGCUUCCUUGAAGACGGAAAGGGAGAAGAAGAGAGAAAUGUAUUUCCCCAUGAGAAAGUAUGCCAUUAAGGUGUAGGAUAGUUUUGUUAGUUAGAAUUCUAUUAUAAACUUUUGUGUGCUUUUACUUAAUGCUAUCAUGUUUGACAACUUAAGUUUGUGUUUUUGUUCAAUUUUUAUCUGUGAACUUGAGUCAUCAACCUAGUGCAGAGCUUCUCUGAAGAAAUGGUAUUUUCCCUCCUCCACUUAAUAUUACAUAU